UGGGAGUUAAAUGACUCUAGUAGGUUCCAUGUCUGUUUUGGUUUCUCUGCUUCUACUUAACUCUACUAUCACCGGACCAACCACCUUUUGCUCCUCCGUACACGGCGAAUCACGGCGAGGUUACCGAUGAAACGCGUUACUUCCGACGUACUACUUCUAAUUUUCUUUACUUUCAACUUUUUCAGAAACGUGUCAGCUUCAAUUCACGAGUACAAAGAUGAGCAAUUUAUUCCAAAGUCCAAUGCUUUCUUCUUCCAUGGAGGAACUGAGGGUCUCUAUGCUUCGAAAUCGUCAUCAAAUGUUUCCCCAGAUAAACCCCUUGAAGGAAAAACGUUUAUCAGAUUUGAAGAUGUUGUCUUUUUGAGGACGAGGGAGUCUGCUAAUGCGAAAAAUGAAAUGCAGAGUCGAACUGGGUUGAUUGAAACUAUCAUUCUUGAGGUCAGAGACAGAGAAAGGAUCGGAGAUGCUUUUGCAAAGUCUAAUGCUCUGUGUUGUACUCCAAAACUUGCUCAAGAGAAGUUCUGCACGGUCGGAGAGGUUAUAAUUCAGCACAACCAAGACAACCCACUUUGGCCACUACGUAUUCAGACGUUUUUUGAAGGAAAGAAUCAGGAGGCAAAUAUGCUUCCCACAACAGUUGAAAUAAACAGUACUGGCAUGUAUUACCUUUAUUACAUGUUUUGUGACCCAGAACUUAAGGGAACAAUAAUCAGAGGCAGAACAGUAUGGAAAAAUCCAGAUGGCUAUUUACCAGGGAGAAUGGUACCAUUGAUGACCUUCUACGGACUUGCUUCUUUAGCCUAUCUUGUACUUGGUCUAUUUUGGUUUCUAAGGUUUGUCCAGUUCUGGAAGGAUGUCAUACAGCUACAUUACCAGAUUACAGCUGUUAUUGCCCUUGGCAUGUCUGAAAUGGCUCUCUGGUAUUAUGAAUAUGCAAAUCUGAAUUCCACUGGAAGCAGACCUAUGGUAAUUACGAUAUGGGCAGUUACAAUGACUGCUGUAAAAAAGACGUUGUCCCGUGUGCUUCUUUUAGUCGUUUCAAUGGGUUAUGGUGUCGUGCGGCCUACUCUUGGUGGUGUAACCUCAAAAGUGUUCCUGUUAGCCCUUAUGUAUUUUAUUGCUACGGAGGCACUUGAACUUGUGGAGCAUUUGGGCAGCAUCAAUGACUUCUCAAGGAAAACCAGGAUAUAUUUGGUGCUGCCUGUUGUUUUCUUGGAUGCAUCGUUUAUUUUGUGGAUAUUCUCAUCAUUAUCCAAGACACUGGAAAAAUUACAGAUGCGGAAAAGCAUGGCAAAACUUGAUCUUUAUAGAAAGUUUACCAAUUCCCUUGCAAUUUUUGUGCUGCUUUCCAUUGCUUGGGUUGGCUAUGAGCUGUACUUCAAUGCAAGUGACCCAUUAAGUGAGCUAUGGCGAAUUUCCUGGAUUAUUCCAGCUUUCUGGAGUUUGCUUGCCUUUUCGUUGUUGGUAGUAGUAUGUAUUCUCUGGGCUCCUUCCAGUAACCCAACCAGAUAUGCAUAUUCUGGUGAGACCGCGGAUGAUUAUGAUGAGGAAGCCAUCUCUCUCACGACUGGAGUGAGGGUAAGUGACUCGGGGACCAAGCUCGAAAGGAAAGAAAAGAAAGCAUCUGUUUCAACCGAUCUUGUAACUGAUCAAAGAGAAGAUCUUGAGGAGGACAAGCGUGAGUAGUGUCAUUCCUGCAUUUCUGGAACGGUAAUUGCUAGUACUUUAUGUAUGAUGCUCUUACAUCAUUUGCAUUACAUGUACAAAAUUAGCGCUAGAGCCUAUAGGGAUGUCAAACAUGUUGUGACUGAAAUAGUUCAAACUUGUACAUAAUGAAAUGUGUGCUACGUUGAAUAUAUUCA